CUCCAGCUCAUGUUGAUGACGUAUAUUUGUUGUGGAGGACACCGAUGCUCCUUUAGCCCGUUAGUUAUCCUGAACAUUUUGACUAAAACAAUGAAUAAAGGUAAAGCCAGUGGGGUGUCGUGGGUAAAACCAUCAGAACCCUCUUUCCUGAAGAAGUUUAAAAAUGACGUUGGGUACAAAGAAGGACCGACAGUUGAUACUAAGCGUCAGGUGAUGCCGACACUGGAUGACGACAGCGGCAGUGAUAAAGAGGAUGAGUUACCGCAGGUUGUGGUGUUGAAAAGUGGAGAUCUGACAGCGGAGGAGGCGAAGAAGAUCAAGGAAGGAACGCGUGGAGGAGCCACAGACAAAGAUGACAAACCGGCCGAUGGUAAAAUCCUUUUCAAGAAACCGGUCAAGCGCUCGUCUUCGGACAAAUUCCAGGGAAUCACUGCCAGUUCCAGUAAAAAGAAGAAGAGUGAUGAAGAUGAGAAGGAGGAGGAGAAGAAGGAAGUGAAGUCUGGAAAGAAAGUUAAAAACAACAGCCUUCUGUCAUUUGGAGGCGACGAGGAGGAAGAUGAGGACUGAGAGUUAAAGGUGAAGAAUGACUGAAGGGUGACGUUCAGUUGUGUUUCCACAGUACAAUCACCUAUAAAUGGAGGGGCACAAUUAAAGGGGCAACUUCUAACAUUAUGAUAAAAAAAAACAAACUCGAAUUACCAACACAUUGGAACAACAUUUAACCAGAAAACUGUUUCUCUGUAAUAAAAAAUAUCAUUAUCUUUGACUUAAUGUCUUUACACUGUGCUGGUAAUUUUGGUUAAUUUUUUAAAAGGUUUUUAAAACUGAAAACAUCACAAAUUGCCACUUUAACAGUUACUGGUUCUGUAUGAAUUCAUCCAAUGUGAAGCCUGUUGUUUUUUUUGUAAUGUAAAGAACAGUUUGUGUAUUUUUGCCUUCAUUCACCUACUGAAUACAGACACUGAUGACUCCCUGUUCAUUUAACAACACAAUUAAAGGGUUAAAAUCUGCAUAAUUAAGCAACAAUGUGAUGCCCUCAACAUCACACUGAAGUUAAAAAGACUCAAUAUGCAAACUCACCAGUGUGUUCCUUCAGUAAGUCUAUGUAUUUCCUUUUUUUUGUUUUUUUACAUGUGAUGCAGAGUUAGUGACAUAAUCCAAACUCCUGCUAAUUCAUGCAUCUGUGUCGUCGUCAUAGCGAUAUCAGUGAGUGUUUAUUGUAGAAUUUUGUGAUACAUUCAAUCAUUGAUUGAAUGUAUAAAUAUAUUCUAGCUUCGACAACGGAGCUGCAACAGUUGAUGUAGAAGCGAUGCAUUCAUGUCAAUGCAGUUUUUUUUUUUUGAUGUGGAUUUGCUUUUGUUUUUUGCCUUUUUAUGGAAUGUGUUAAAAAUGAAAACAUUAAAUCGAAUUGAAGACUU